AUGAGACCGCCUGAUCCUCGGCAAGUUCAAGAUUGGGAAGCACAAGAGAGGUUGGUGCAAGCAAGACGGCUUCGUGAUCCAACAGCAAUGGACAUUUACGAGGUUCAACUUCAGAAAGCGCCGACCAGAAAGCAGCAAGAAUUGCAAUUGUUAGCAUCCCAAGGCCGGCAUCCCGGGCUAGCACGCCAGAGAGGUGCAGUGACAUGGCUAGCAGAGGGUCUCACCAUUGAGGAAGCCCAGAUCACCCUGCAGAUGGAUGUGAGAAAACUGGGACGACAUUGGACAGACACGCAGCGAUCGGAUAUUUGUCGCCAGCGUGACACCCUACAAAGGGAUAUCGAUCAGUGGGUGGAUGCAGGAAGGACUUUUCUCAGCAAUGGAUUGGGCGAUGACGACAUACAGCCCAUGGAACUACAACUUCUGACCCUUCAAGAUGAUUCACAAGAUGAAACAGAUGAACCUGGAGAAUGA